UUCAGAAUUCUGCAUCGUGUGUUUGCAGUACUUUUCCCUAUAAAUAACACAAUGACCAGCUCUAUCUUAUCUCAGAAUUAAAUUCUAAAUUCAUUAAAGUUUUCCUCCUCCAGUCCUCCUCUCCCUCCAGGCUUCCACUCCCAGCAAUUAAUGACGAGCAGCGAGCAGGAGGCCGCCCCCUCGGCCCGCCGGAAACGGAACAUGAAAUGCUUUGCGUACAUCGUCAUCGGUGUGAUACUGCAGACCUUAAUCAUCGUGGUGUUUGCGUUAUUCGUGCUUCGUAUCAAAAGGCCUAGUCUUAAAUUGAGCCAUGUCAAAAUCGACAGCGUCAGCAGCGGCAGCAUAAGACUGAACGCCCUACUGGCUGUGAAGAACAAGAAUUUUGGUCAUUACAAAUACGAGAGCAGCAUAUUAACCUUUUCCUACCAAGACACCAUUGUAGGACAGGCCGUGAUUCAAGCCGGCCGUACUAAGGCGCGCAAAACGCAGCGACUGGACUUUAUCAUAAAUGCAACGUCCUCCCAGUUCUCCGGUAAUUCUGGGAUGAUAACGCUGAGCACCCACGCAAAGUUGUCCGGCAAGGUACAUCUCUUCAAGGUUAUGAAGAAACGCAAAUCUACCCAAAUGAACUGCACCAUGACAGCGGAUUUGAGUACCAUGAAUAUCAGCAAUUUGAGCUGCCUGUGACGGACGGAUUUAGAAUUGUACGCUAUUCACCGCUCGUUCUUCUUCUUCUUUUACUUAUGGCCUUAUGGGGGAAGGUGUUUUAGUUUUCAUUUUUUUUUC